AUGACCGAUACCCAACUCGCUGAUCAAUUUCUGUAUCAGAGCUCGCUGAAGAGCGACCCGGCCGUAAAGGUCAGUUCCCGUAAGCGUGUACCGUACGUAAUCGAUCUUAAUCAGGGUUCGUACGCUAAUGGCAUUAUCACUAUCGAUGCCACAGCUCAGCUAAAUGGCGCUGAGGGGUUUGCUUGCCUUCGUGAUGCAUAUGUAGUCAUUCCGUACAAGGUAUCGAUGAAGAACACCCAUGCGAGUACCGAUCUUGCAGCGGCUGCCAAUCGUCUCUCCGUCGGGCUGAAGUGCGGUGUUUGGAAUGUUAUCGAUGGUAUGUCGCUUGAGCUUAAUGGUAAGAGCGUGAUUUCGAUGUCCGAAUACAAGCUGUUCGCUAACAACCUUCGCGCUCAGGCGGAGACUUCGCUUGACUAUGUGAAUAAACAUGGUGCUGAGGAUUUCCUAUUUCCAGAUUCCUCAGGAUCGUUGGUAUUCUCAUCCGCUACUACCAGUCUGUAUGGUGAUGGGUAUUCCGCUACUGCUUCUGACAUCACCCCUGCCCUUGGAACAGCUGCUACUGGCGCUGGCGUCCUUCCAGCCAAUGACGGUUUUGUUAAGAGACUCCUGAGCAACCCCCCUGUGGCUGGAGGCCAAAAUACGAAUGGUUGGCCAACUAUUGCCUCUGGAGCUGCUAACACGAUUUCAAACCAAUUCGGACGAGGUGCCUUUGUUCCUGGUACUGCAACUCAUGGAACUAUUGCUGACACCUGGAAUUACAUGCUCAAGAUCAAGCUUGUUGAUCUCCACCCUAUCUUCAAGGAGCUCGAUCUCAUGGCUAAUCCCCAGAUCAAGCUUCGUUUCCGUGUGAAUCAGGGUUCGUCUGUGAUUGCUCUUGCCACGUCAAAAUCUAUGACUCUGUCGUCGACAACGCUUGUUUCGGGUCAAUCCUGCCCAAUUAUGGUUGCUGCUUCAGCUGGAUCUGCACCUAAUUCUGGUGUAUUUGGAACCAGUGCCGCUGGCCAGAUCUCAGUAGCUUGGGGUGCUAUUACCAAUUCGCUCGAGCCUACAAUUGAUUCAACCUACUUCCCUUUCACGACUACUCGACUCUACGUUCCGUUUGUAGAUCUUGAAAACCCUCAGGCUCUAAUUAGCAAGCCGAACAAAACCGUUCGUUACAUGGAUUAUUCCGCUCAGUGGUUCUACCAGCGAGCAGGUACUGGUGUAUCUAGUACCCAGCUGAAUACUGCAUUCGACCUUCAGCUAUCCGCUUCGCUGAAGAACGCUAAGGUAGUAGCUUUGCUUCCGUUUGCUGAGACUUCAAGCGGUAAUUUCAAUACUGCUAGCAUUCAACAGUUCCAGAGCUGUUUCGAUAGUGCCCCGUGGACUGUUCAACCUGGUUCAUCGAUCCGCAACUUCAAUGUUCGCAUUGGUAGCCAGCAGGUGUUUGACAUCUCGUAUGACUAUGACUUCAUGGAUUUCUGCAAUGAAUUCUCUAAGCUAGCCUCGAUCAACGGUGAUCAGACGAAGGAGCUAUCGAAUGGUCUAAUUGACUAUCAGACCUGGCAGCAAACCAACAGAGUGCUCGUAGCUGAUGUAUCUCGCUUGACCGAGAAGGAUGUCCCACAGAGCAUCCAAGUCAUGGGAACGAACGCCUCAACGCAGGGUACCAAUAUAUAUUUUCUAGGGCAUAAGGCAAAGACGAUCACAGAAGUAUAUAACUGCGAUCCAGGCUACUGCCGUUGGCUGCUGAAUCAAAAGAUUCUCAUUGAUUCCAACCCUGCGAUAAGUGAAUUUCUUAAGAGUAAGUUUGUCAAUGAUGAUGGAUCAUUCCUAAUGACUUGGGGGAAAUAUAAAGGUAAGACCAUCCUACAGAUUCAACGUAUCGAUAGCAACUACAUUCAGUGGUUGAAGAAGAAUGAGUUUGUUAAUGAAAAGAUGCCUCAGUUGAAGUCUGCUCUUGGUGAGUUGGUUUAA